AAACCACUCUUCGUUUUUCUUUCUCUUCUUCUUCUCUCCUUUCUAUAUACAAAUAAGAUAAUUAUACAAAAUGGACGCUAAAACUCCAGUUACUUUAGCCAAAGUUAUCAAGGUCUUAGGUAGAACCGGUUCCAGAGGUGGUGUCACCCAAGUCAGAGUUGAAUUCUUAGAAGAUGCUUCCAGAACUAUCGUCAGAAACGUCAAGGGUCCAGUCAGAGAAAACGACAUCUUAUGUUUGAUGGAAUCUGAAAGAGAAGCUAGAAGAUUACGUUAAGAAAGCUAUACAAUUCCAACGACUACUAUAUUAUCACAUUUUAUAAAACAAAAUCAUUUUAUGUAUCUUGGGUUUCUUUAAAAGGCUUUUUAAGAAUCGAAUAGUUUCAUUUUAAUAUAAUAUUAUCAUUUUGAAAAUUGUGGAAAUCCAAAGUAUAUUUUUCCAGUGAUAUACAUCAACAAUGAAGAGAUAGGAACUACCUUGCAAACCACAUACCAUUCGAAAUGAACAGAAGCAAUGAACACGAUAAGCAGGC